UGCUAAUUUCUCCUUUCUCUGUCCAGGCUAGGGUUUUUUGAGGCCGCCGUCAUCUUCCAAAUUUUCGAGAUUACUCGUGGAACUCCAUCGAUUUUGUCGUCGCCAGCACUGGUUUGGGCACCGGCUGCGCAAAAAUGCUUACUUAGUUUGCUGCUGAGCAGUCUCGUUUUACAUCGAGCCGGAACUCAGCUGAGGAAUCUGACAGUUUUUGGUAUCAGAAUGGAGGCUGCCGCUGGCCGCAGCGGAUCGCUUCCCUUGCCUUCCUCCCACCCUCCACCGAGGAAGGAAUGGCGUGUCAUCUCAGAGCCUUUCCGGAAAAAUGGAGGCGAGGAGUUGGAGAAUUUUAAAUUGGUGCAGACGGAUGAGAGGACGAUAUAUGAGGUGCAGGAGGGAACCGGAUCUGUUAACAUAGAUCUCAGCACGAUCUCCAACAAUGGAGAGGGUUCGAAAGAAGACAGUUUACAGCUUAGAAUUCAAGAGAUAACGAGGCAGAGGGAGGAUCUGCAACAUUUGGAGAUUGAACUGAGGGCGCAAGUUAUUGCGAGGGCUGAGGUAUUGGAGAUGCAUAACAGUUACGGGUCUCAGCUCAAGGAGCACAUAGAUGCCGCUGCAAAGCUUAAGGAGCAACUACAAGAAAGAGAACAAGAAAUACGUGAAUUAGAGUUGAAUUUGGAAGAGAAGAAUAGAGAAUUACAUGCAGUUAAGAUAGACAAUGAAGCGGUUUGGGCAAAAGAGGAUCUCUUCAGAGAACAAAACAAAGAGCUGGCCACCUUCAGAAGGGAGCGUGAUAACUCAGAGUCUGAAAGAGCCCAACUUCUUAAAAAAAUUCAUGGUUUCCAAGAGCAUAUUCAAGACAAAGAGAGUCAAUUUCUUGCAUUAGAAGAGCAGUACAGAGUUGCUCAAGAAACAAUCCUCUACAAGGAUGAGCAGUUAAGGGAGGUGCAAGCAUGGAUGACACGUUUCCAGGAGGUGGAUGUUUUGCAAUCAACAACAAACAGGUCCUUGCAAGCUGAACUACGUGAACGGACCGAACAGUUUAAUCAAUAUUGGAUUGUUUUGCAACAACAAUUUGUGGAGAUGGAACGUCACCAUCUGCAAACUAUACAACAACUUCAUUUGGAGCUAGCCGAGUUAAGAGGGAGGCAUGGAGUAUACCAAGAUAGCUCCCAGAUUGUUCGUGAAAACCAAGCUGAUUCGUCAUUGUAUCUUCAAAACGAAGGGAACCAGGUGAAUGCCAAUGAGGGUCCUGUGCUAAACAAUAGCUUAACUUUUGUCUCUGAUGGAAAACUUCCAGAUUCCAGUUCUUCUAGCAAAAUUGAACAUGUCCCUGUUCAUCCUCCUGUACUUGGGAUGGGCGCCUUUACUCCUGUCGGUCAGAUGACUGCUUUACAUCCUUUUGUUAUGCACCAACAUGGACUUCCAGAAUCCGUAUCAUCUACAAAUUCUAUUAUUCUUCAAUCUCAUCCAGAAAAUCUUCAAUCAAUGUCUGUAAUUCCAGUCCACCAUUGGCAGGAGCAGCAGGUAGUUCGAGAAGUUUCUCAAGUUCCGAAUCAAGACAAAUACCAUCCGUUGCAAUUGGAGCAUAAUCUUCUUAGAUCUCAUUCUCAUAAUAGCCAUGAGCUUUCUGCUACAGAGAAUGUACUUCAUCUAGAAUAUCUUAGCUCUCCAAUGAGUCAAACACAGAGGUCCGGUUCUGAAACAUUUGUGUCAACUGAACAAAUGAAGGUCCCCGAAUCUACUGAUAAAGCUCAUCAUGUUUCCCAAGAAAGGCAGCAGGCAACACCAAACAAGAAUUGUAAAUUUAAUGCUCCAUUAUUUGAACCAACUGAGCAGACAAGUAAACAAGAGACCGUAGACUCAGCAACUAAUGGACCGCAUCGGCAAGUUUUGGAAUUAGCUUCCAUUGCGCCUGAAAGUGCUGCUCAAAUUCAUGGCAUUAAUGCCAGCAGUGCUGAAGAAUGCGCUGAGGAUAACCUUAUUAUUCCUGCACCUUCUGCUCCUGUUAUUGGAGCAUCAAGCUCAAUGUCCACAAAUACGGCAAAAGAGCCCGUUCUUCUAGAUGAACGAGCACUUUUGGCUUGCAUUGUUCGGGCAAUUCCAGCUGGUUCUGAUGGUCAAAUCAAAAUUAGCACCACCUUGCCAAAUAGGCUUGGAAAAAUGAUUGCACCUCUUCACUGGCAUGAUUACAAGAAACACUAUGGAAAGCUUGAUGAUUUCGUGUCUCGUCAUCCAGAAUUGUUUGUAAUUGAAGGAGACUAUAUUCAUCUCUGUGAAGGAGCUCAAGAAAUUAUUUCAGCUACUGCAGCUGUUGCAAAACUUGCAGCGGUUGCUGCAUCAACUCCUCCUUAUUCUUCACUAUUACCUUCAGUUGCUGUCACCCCAAUUUCUCAGAGCAAUCGCAAUAAAAAAGUUGUUAAUUCUGCUUCAUUCUUAAAAGAUGUUACUGUGAACAAUACUGGAAAUUUAUCUGAUAAAAGCUCUCAGGUUUUAAAAACACAUGCUCAACAACAAAAUGGCGUCAGCAUUAAUAUUGUUCAAGGAGUGGCAGAUAUAACUCUCUCUAGCAGAAAAAUUUCUGGUGAAAAUAGCGGUUUGAUUUCUACGAUAUCUGAUCAGUUUAAUCGAAGCGAUCUUGCAGGAAAUGGUUCGAACAAUGCAUCAACGAAUGGAAAAGUUGUGUUUGUAGGAAAGAAACCAGGAAGGGCCUCUGGGGUCAGGGUGAUCUCAAGAAGAUAGUGACACCUCUCGUGUAUUAGAUGGUUUUGGAACCCCUCAAGUGAGCGUGGGAUAGUUUAUUGUUCGGUUCGUUUUCAAGUAUGAAAGCUUAAUCUGAUAAGAUGACAUUAGGGAGAAAAGUUCAUAUAAAUUAUGAUUUAUUCAUUUAUGUACUCUGUAAAAUAUUAAAAUCUUGCCAUAACUUAGCUGACCCUAAGCCAAAUUUUCAGCACUC